GGCCCAAGAGCGUGGCAUAACAAUGUCACUUGAUAUGAUCAAAACUAUAAUCGCCCAGUGCCCCGUGUGCCAACAUACUCACAAACGUCCAGUGCCUAAUAUUAUGAAAGGACAACUGGGAAGAGGAAAAUUGCCUGGACAAAUUUGGCAAAUGGACUAUAUUGGACCUUUACCCCAGAACCUAGGGUGUAAAUAUGUCUGCACUGCUGUAGAUACAUAUUCUGGAUAUUUGAUUGCCCAUCCUUGUAAGAAAGCUACUCAUCAUAGUACUAUCUGUACUAUAGGCAUAAUCAUUUUGUACUAUGGAAUACCAUUGCAGAUUCAAACUGACAAUGGGUCUCAUUUUCGAAACAAAUUUGUUCAACAGUAUGCUGAACAGCAAAAUAUUCAGUGGGUUUUUCAUAUACCGUACUAUCCACAAGCUGCAGGAUUGAUUGAACGAAUGAAUGGGUUGUUGAAAGAGCAGCUGAAGAAGUUAGGAGAUGGGAACCUAUCCCGAUGGAAAACUCAUCUCACAGAUGCGCUACAUAUUCUUAACAAUAGGCCCAUUGGGGAAAUGGAAACCCCUUUGAUGCGCAUGACUACACCCAAUUUACAAAUAAAACCUCUGACAGUAAGUGAGACUUUGACUUACUGGGAGAUUGUUCCGGGUGCGAUGGCCCCUUACCGGGCCACUCCAGAGGCUGCAGGGCUAGAUCUCUAUGCAUUGGAAUUGAUCAGGAUAAACCAAAAACAGAUGAAAGUUAUCAAUACUGGGAUAGGAAUUAAAAUUCCUCCAGGACACUUUGGUUUGAUAACUGCCCGUUCGAGCCUAGCCUUGAAAAGUAUUCACGUCAUGGGAGGAGUGAUUGAUGCGGAUUAUCAAGGAGAAAUUAAAGUAAUUCUGUUAAACAAUGGUGAACAAGAUUUGAUUAUUCAUCCCCACGACAGAAUAGCACAACUAUUGAUAUUGCCAGUUUUGAAAGCAAUUGUGAAAAAAGGGGAUCCACCUCAAGUUACCACUGUUCGUGGAGAUAAAGGGUUUGGAUCAACUAAUUUCAAUAAUGGAGCUAAAGUAUGGGUCCAGAGUUCAAGCAGACCUCCUGAACCAGCUGAAGUAAUAGCCACAGGAAAAGACAAUACUGUUUUAAUCAUGAAACCUGGACAGGAAAAAUGGGAAUAUGUUCCUGCGACUAAAUGUUAUCUGCGAGAAUAA